AUGUCUGACUUUCCCACAUUGUCAAGCCCUGAACCCCCAAUCGCCAUCUUCGGUAAACCCGCGCCUGUCAAGAUGGGAGAAUGGGACAAAACACCGCCAUCCAGCCAAUUCUAUCAGGAUGCACUUCAUCGACUGAACCAUCUACAGACUAAUUUCGAAUCAAAACAACAGAUAACUGCACUGAAAGAUCGGAGUGUGCUCCUAGAGCGGAUGAUGAGCUGGUGCAAUGAGAUUGGGUAUCAGCCAGCCGACUUUGACACGUUGAAUGCCAUCCAUAUCGCCGGUUCCAAAGGCAAAGGGUCCACGGCAGCCUUUGUCUUCUCGAUUUUGGCGGAAUUCUUGACCGAUGAGGGCAGUUCGGCUGACGAAACACCCGCCACACUAAGAAAGAUCGGUCUCUAUACCUCGCCGCAUCUGCGCAGCGUGCGGGAAAGGAUCAGAAUUCAAGCGCCGCAAAGUAGAAGCUUUGAAGAGACACCUCUUGACGAGACCAAAUUUUCCCAUUACGUGUCGGAAAUAUGGACCCGUCUGGGGAUGGACAACCGAUCACCCUCCCAGAGUCCACCAUUUGCCAAAUUCCUCACACUGGUGGGCUUCCAUGCAUUUAUCCAGGAAGGAGUCGAUACCGCGGUGGUUGAGACCUGCAUCGGAGGACGGUUUGACUCCACCAAUGUUCUCCGCCAGCCCAGCGUCUGCGCUAUCACCAGUCUGGGACUUGAACAUACCGAUAUACUAGGCUCUACCAUCGAGGAGAUUGCAUGGGCCAAGGGAGGCAUCAUGAAACCAGGCGUACCAGUUUUCACUGUACCACAAGAACCUAAAGCCUUGGCUACUCUGCAGGAACUGGCAACGAAAGAAAAUGUAGAUCUGCGAGUAGUCACAGCACACCCGGACUUAGAACACAUUGAUCUCGGCCUCGCGGGAGACUUUCAGCGGAUCAAUGCUAGUCUGGCUGUGGCUGUAGCUGCGGAGUAUCUUUCUCGACGGGGAUAUAAGAAUAUGCCAGAUAUUGAAACGUUGGGGCUGUCUCCGCUGCCGGAUAAAUUCCGCCGAGGCCUUGAACGGGCGCAAUGGCCGGGACGUUGUGAGACACGCGACCAUCUCGGGAGCCGAUGGUUGCUCGAUGGGGCGCAUACCAUGGAAAGUAUCGAGCUUUUGAGUGCCUGGGCAGCUAAAAGGAUGGUGGAGCCAAACGCUCGGAGGGUGCUAAUCUUCAACCAGCAAACUAAAGAUGCGACUGCGCUGCUUCGCCAUCUACGACAAACCACAACUUCGGCAAUGGCCCAAUGGCUCAACCCUGACGAAGCGGUCUUUCACCAGGUGAUUUUCUGUACCAAUCUCCCAUGGGAACGGUAUGACGUCCCGGAUGCUGAAAGGGUCUCCAUGACAUAUUCAGGACGCUCGGUGGAGGAUCUCGAGGUGCAGCAUACAUUAGCGGCUCAGUGGACCCAGAUCAGCGGCGGACAUUCAGCGGCGACUGUGGUGCGAACAGUAGAAGAGGCCAUUCGAUGUGCAGCUGAUAGUGGUGCUGCCAGCUUUUGUAGAGAUCGAGAGCAUAUCAACGCGGUGGUUUUGAUAACUGGCAGUCUUCAUCUGGUGGGAAGUGCCCUGGAGGUGUUAGAUACAAUAACAUGA